UUGCAUGCUUCAUUAAAAUGCAACCUGAACUUGUGUUGUAUUCUGUUGUAAAAAAAGUAAUGACAGAUUUCCAUGGCUUUUCACUUUCUGCUUUUACUGCUACAACUGUUGAUCAGGUUAAUACGUACAGUAGAAUGAUUAAAGCUAUCAAUACUGCUGCUGGACUUAGCGCUUAUUGUGUUCUAGCUUAUGUACCCAUUGAUCCUCAGUUAUAUAGCAGCAGCCUUUCGCACCUUAAUGACAUGGGUUUCACUGCUGAUGUUGGUUUUUAUCAGAUUACAAAGAAGAAAGAUACAAAAUCUUCAUCAUCUGUUCUUGAUGUGAAAGUGAAACCUUUUGUCUUGGGCCUACAUAAAAUGAACUGUACAAAAUUAGAAAAUUAUUAUGAUACUGAUCCAAUGGAAGCCAUAUGUAGUGACCGAAUGGAGAGAGCUUGA